AUGGAUCCUUUAUCCCUAAACUCUCCCAGGUUUGUUAACCUAUUUGCUUCCCAGAGCAGUCAAACAAUAGACGUAGAGUCUUCCGAGGUUCCUAGGUUUAGUAGCCAGAGCUCUGAAGAUCCUAAACCAGUGGAAAGGAGAAAGUGUACACCAAAAGAAGACAUUGUUCUCAUCAAUGCUUGGUUGAACACCAGCAAGGAUCCCAUAGUGAGUAAUGAGCGGAAGGCAGGAGCGUUUUGGAAGAGAGUAGAGGAGUAUUUCAAUUCAAGCCCUCAGCUCAGUGGCUUAGCUCCUAGAGAGGCAAGUCAAUGUAAGCACAUGUGGGGAAGAGUGAAUGAGCAGGUGUGCAAGUUUGUGGGAAGCUAUGAAACCGCUUUUAAGGAGCAAGCUAGUGGCCAAAAUGAGAAUGAUGUCAUGAAGGCUGCCCAUGACAUCUUCUUAAAUGACUACCAGGUCAAGUUCAGCCUUGAACAUGCCUGGAGGGGGCUUAGGUUUGAUCAAAAAUGGAGAUCAAACUCUUUGUCCAGAGAUGGUGCAAAGGACAAAAGGAAGGAAGCUGCGGAGAUGGUGCCUGACUUGGAAGAGGUUAGGCCUACUGGUGUUAAGGCUUGCAAAGCAGCCAAGCACAAGAAGCAUGAGAAUGAAGCAGCUUUUGAUCAAUUACAGAGCAUGCUAGUUGUGAAAGAGAACAUAUCCAAACAGAAACUCCUUGAUCGUCUCUUUGCCCACAAAGAUACACUAUCUGAUAUAGAAGUGUCUCUGAAGAACAAACUCGUAUCUGAAAUGAUUUGA